AUGUCGAGCAAGUACGCCUUCACGAAAACCCUCAGGGAGGUCCGCUUCGCUUUCUGCCCAACAGGCCAGAGCAGCACCGCCCUCAAGACGUUCCUAACGAGAGCCUACCCGACCAUGAAGAAGAACAACGCGCACACGCCCAUCCUGCUGCGCGAGGCGACUGGAACGCUGCCCAAGGUCUAUGCGAGAUACGAGUUCGGAAAGGAAAAGAGCCAGUCAUUAGAAGGGCUAUCGGACAAGCAGAUCGAGGAGGCCGUCACAACGUUGGUGAAGAACGAUGUAUGA